GGGUGAGGCCUCCCUCUUGUUGUUACUCUGAGCUGUCCUGACAACCCGUAAAACCCUAUUCUACCCUACCCUUAUUCUUAUCUCGAGAUCACGUUGCACCAAAAAGGUUGCCAGCCCAGAAAAAAGACCGCAUAGAAAAAAAUGGACGACGAGCUUGAGCUCAAACACCAGAAGGAGGCGGCCGGUGACCGUAUUCGCUGGGACGCCGACGAGGAGGCCGGCAGGAAGGCUCACCGCUCUAAUGCUGGCCCGGCUCUCCAUCAUGCCCGUUCAAACACGUCAAUGUCUAUACACUCGGUCCGGUCGAGACGCAACUCCAUCGACGCUGCCGCUGAGCUUCCCAUCCAGUACCGCACGGUUUCUUUUGAGAUUGAAGAGUACAAGUCAAAAACCGAAGCCGUCAAGAAGGCCAAAAAUGUCGCAACAGAACUCUCGGAACUCGAAUGGCACACCCUCUCCGUCGACGAGGUCCUCAGACGCCAGUCGUCCUCCCUCGCAGACGGCCUCUCCCCGGACCAGAUCCAGCGCCGCACAGCACACUAUGGCAAGAACGCGCCCUCGGCCGCCCCGACAAAUCAUACGAAACGCAUCCUCGGAUACUUCUUCAAGGGCUUUGGUACAGUCCUCCUCGUGGCUUCCAUCCUCGUCUUCAUCGCGUGGAAGCCCCUGGGAAGCCCGCCGGCCGUGGCUAACCUAGCGCUGGCCAUCGUGCUGCUCGCCGUUUUCUUUAUCCAGGCUGCCUUUAACAUGUGGCAGGACUGGUCCUCCUCAAGAGUGAUGAAUUCCAUCAAGACUAUGUUGCCUGAGAACUGCAUGGUUAUCCGUGACGGCAACCAGGUUGAGCUCAUGGCUGAGAACAUUGUUCCUGGUGAUAUCCUCAUUGUCAAGUCGGGCAACAAAUUGCCAGCCGAUGUGCGCUUCCUCAAGGUCUCUUCUGAUGCAAAGUUUGACAGAGCUAUCUUGACUGGAGAGUCCGUUCCUUUGCCUGCUGCUGUUGAUUCGACCGAUAACAACUACCUCGAGACUCGAUGCAUCGGUCUUCAGGGCACACAUUGUGUUUCUGGCACUUGCACUGGCAUUGUCGUGGCCACCGGUGACAAUACCAUUUUCGGACGCAUCGCCAAGCUGACCAACGAGCCCAAAAAGGGGUUGACGACUUUGGAACGCGAGGUUUUGCACUUCGUGCUGAUCAUCUGCUCCAUCAUGUUCCUUAUGAUUGUGCUUGUCUUGAUUGUUUGGGGUACAUGGCUUAGGAAACAGUAUCCUAACUGGAUCAACGUUCCCAACUUGAUCAUCUCUUGCGUCUCUGUUGCCGUGGCUUUCAUACCUGAGGGUCUGCCUGUUGCUCUGACGGCAAGCAUGACCAUCAGCGCCAACAUGAUGCGGAAGAACAAGAUUUUGUGCAAGUCACUCAAGACUGUCGAAACACUUGGAUCUGUCUCGAUUAUUUGUUCCGACAAGACUGGUACACUCACUCAGAACAAGAUGAUCGUUACCGAGUGUGCCAUCGGUACCAUGAAGAUGACGGCCGACGGUGCCCGGGACAAGAUCGCAGUCGACCGACACAACCACCCUAAUAACAACUCGUUGGAGCAGCUUCGUGCUCUUGCUGGUCUCUGCAACGCCGGUCAUUUCGAUGCCGCGACUGUACGUUUGCCUCUCCACGAGCGUGUCAUCCACGGUGAUGCUACGGACCAGGCCAUCCUGCGCUUCUCCGAGAGCCUGGGUCAGACCGCCGAGCUGCGCCGCUGCUGGCAGACAAAGUACGAGCUUGCCUUCAACAGCAAGAACAAGUACAUGAUUCGGGUCCUCGGCAUGUCACACCCCGACGGGCUUUCCCUUGCUUUGCCUUCCGACACUGCUUCGGUGUUCCAGCCAGGUGAUGUUUUUUUGACCAUCAAAGGUGCUCCUGAUGUGCUCAUGCCAAGAUUGAGCAACUACGUCAACCCUGCCGGGUACACUACUUCCCUGGAUCCUUCAACCCGUGCAUCUAUCGAGCAGAUUAAGGAUGAAUGGUCGGCUCAGGGACGUCGCGUACUGUUGCUCGCUCGCAAGGCCAUCUCAAGAUCUGCCCUCAAGGGCCACCCGUCUGAUAGCGCCUACGAGAUGGAAAUCAACAACCAGGCGAAAUCCGGUCUUACGCUCGUCGGUCUUGUCGGAAUCGUCGAUCCUCCCCGUCCCGAGAUUCCCGAGGUUAUGAACACCCUUCGCGGCGCAGGCAUCCGCAUCUUCAUGGUUACCGGUGACUUUGCUCUCACUGCCCAGGCCAUCGCAGCCGAAUGCAACAUCAUCAGUGUUCCGCGCUCGCAAGUCGACGACAUCUCUGCUCUCCAACGCAUCAACCACGUCGACCCCUCGAUUAAACACAUCGUUGACGACCUCGAGUCCUCCCCGCGUCAAGCCCUCGUCCUCUCCGGCCCCGAGUUGAUGACCCUCAGCGAAGAGCAGUGGGAUCAACUUGCUCAAUACCAGGAAAUCGUCUUCGCUCGCACGACGCCAGAGCAGAAGCUCCGCAUCGUCCGCGAACUGCAGUCCCGUCACGAGAUCGUAGGUAUGACCGGCGACGGUGUCAACGACGCACCCUCACUGCGCGCCGCCGACGUCGGCAUCGCACUGGGUUCCGGAAGCGACAUUGCCAUCGAGGCCGCCGACAUGGUUCUGCUUGAUUCCUUCUCCAGCGUCGUCGAGGCCCUGCGGUGUGGACGCAUGAUGUUCGACAACCUCAAGAAGACCGUCGCCUACCUCCUCCCGGCUGGUAGUUUCUCCGAGUUCUGGCCCGUCAUGACAAAUGUCCUCUUCGGCAUCCCCCAGAUCCUCAGCAGUUUCCUCAUGAUCAUCAUCUGCCUCUUCACUGAUGCCGCUGCCGCCAUCGCCAUGGCCUAUGAGGCGCCCGAGGCCGACGUGCUUCUUCGCAAGCCCCGUGUGCCUGGAAAGGACCGCCUCGUCGACUGGCAACUCGUCGUCCAGUCCUACGGUCUUGUGGGUGUUUUGGAGACCUUGUCUUCGUUCGCCAUGUCCUACUGGUACCUGGAGCGCAACGGCAUCAAGUUCAGCGACAUUUGGUUUUCUUUUGGCAACUUGCCUUCAUCCAUCGACCCGGACUACUACCAGCAGAAACUCAACGUCGCAAGCUCAAUCUACUUUGUCAACCUCGUCGUCAUGCAGUGGUUCAACCUCCUGGCCAUCCGUACCCGUCGGCUGUCGCUGUUCCAGCACCCGCCCAUCGGUAACAAGCGCACGCAGAACCUCUACCUCUUCCCCGCCAUCAUCUUUGCGCUCUUGAUGGCCAUCUUCUGGCUGUACGUUCCCGAGUUUCAGACGACGCUCGCUACGGCCCCUGUCCCUGUCGAGUACUGGUUCCUGCCGAUGACUUUUGGUCUGGGUAUUCUUCUCAUUGACGAGGCGAGAAAGUUUGCUGUGCGGAAGUGGCCUACGGGCAUUAUUGCCAAGUGUGCAUGGUAGAUGUAGAUACCGGCUUGGAUUUGGGGAUCGUGUAGGUACUGCAAAGGAAAUACCCCUGGGCGGAAGGAUCUUCCUAGUGGGAGUCAAGGGGAUGGCAUAGCGUUCUUUUCAUUCUCAUAAGCAAGCGAGCCGGCAUUGACUCUGCGAGCGAAUCUUACCACUUUAUUUUUGUUGCAUUUAACUUGAAGUUUUGCAUUAGCCUGAGAUUCCAAUCCCCAUCGACCAACAAGCAAUGUUUGGAACAUCAUGCGCACGUAUUUUAUCCAUUGACUUGAGUUGUGAGUCUGAACGUCAUGCGACAUAAUUCCGGCCGUCAUUGUCACGGUGCUGCCCGAGAUGCAGUGAUUGUCUCUAGUUCCACCCAUUCAGGUUGUUCAUAACUUGAGAUUAUGUUUGGCCUAUGUGGUCAACCAAUUGUAAGUCUUGCCGUUCACGUAUGUUAAUCAACUUGCCAAACUUCAUCCAUCUGUAGAUGAUUCUGUUGGAUUCACAGGUGGAAA